UUUCAUAUUGGAGUCUUCUUCAUUUCUUCUAUCCCUAAUCUCAUCUCCAAUUCUCCAUCCGUAUGCUGCUUUUCCAAAUAAUGUCUUGGAUUUACUUAGGAAUUGGAACCUUUAGUUUCCUAAUUUUUCUCUUCUCUUGAUAGCAAUACUAUUUUUUAGUAUCUCAUAAACUGAUUUCAGUAUUAUCAUAACUGGAAUCCACAUAUGAAACAAAUUCAACUUCUUUUGAUUUCAGUGUGUCUGAUUUUUAAUUUAAAGAAAUGGGUUUCUGAUUUUUGACUUGAGGAGAAAUAAAAGAAGAUGAUUCAAAGUUUCUGCUUCAGACUUUUAGUUUUAGCGUGGAAGUGAGGAAUAGAGAAUAUGAAACAGGAGCGAAAUAUCCGACUGUAUUUUGCUCUGUUUUGCAGGCAAACAAUUUCAAUUUCAUCUACAGGAAGCUUAUUUUUCAUCCUAUAGAAGCCCUCCAUUUAUGUGCGUGAACGGGAUGUCGAAAAAAUCCAAGAGAUAGAACUAGGUUGGUAACGGUCCAUGAUGCGAAACGUUACGUUAAAUGCACCAUUUGACCUUUAUUUACCAAGGGUGCCUUUCCCUUAAGGUUCUUGGUAUUCGUUUUUUCUUUGUCCUAUACUCCUAUAGGUUUGUUUGCUCUAAUCCGCGUUGGUACGUCUUUGUUGUUUGGGGGUUGAGAGUCUGUUCUUUUUUCUUUUUGUGCGCACUGUUGUAAGUUUUGUCCAUUCCAAUGCAUUGGUAAGUGUCCAUCCAUCUUAGGUGAAUAUGUUGCCAGCGCUCCGCUUAAGAUCAAUCGUUGUUGGUACUAUAUGGAGGAGGUUAUGCUCGAAACUCGCUGUUACAUCAGUGAACAAGGAGAUGACUGUUUACUUAGGCAAUCACCAAUUCGGAGUUGGUAUUCCGUGCGGCGCUGAGGGUAUCCUACAUUCGGUCAACAGAUUGAUAGAGUUGAAAGGUGAUCAAAAUAACUUAACCAUGCUACUGGUAGAUUUCACAAACUCCUUCAAUCUAGUGGAUCGAACUAUAUUGCUUGCUGAGGUAAGAAUCAGACGUCCUAGUAUCAUUAAAUGGGUCGAAUUAUGUUACUCUAGACCAGCAAGAUUAUACUACAAUGAGUUUAUCCUCUCAUCUUCCAAAGGGGUACAACAGGGUGACCCUUUAUGGACCCUAUUAUUUGCAUUGAUUCUGCACCCUUUAGUGAACAAGAUAGCCACUCAGUGUAAGCUGCAACUCUAUGCAUGGUAUCUGGACGACAACACCAUCAUCGGUGAUACAUCAGAAGUUGCUAAGGCCCUAAAUAUUAUACAAGCUGAAGGGUCGUCCGUGGUUUACAUCUCAACAUCAAUAAAACGGAGAUCUUUUGGCCAUCCCCUGAUCCCCGGGUGCUUAGAAGACGGUGUAUUCCCAAGAAACAUCAGCAGCCCUGCAUUGGGUGUUAAGUUGCUAGGCGGCCCUGUGAGUUUAAAUCACCAAUACUGCAAUGAUAUAGUUCUGAGCCACGUUGAUAAGACUAUCCAUCUGAUGAACGCAGUCAAGAGUUUAAAGGAUCCACAAAGUGAACUCCUGCUUCUUCGUAACUGCACGGGAGUUUCACGUCUAUGCUUUACAAUGUGCACUACAAGGCCCAAAAAAUUACAGGCUGCCGCAAUGCGCCUCGAUCAACAUCUAUUGCAGUAUCUACAGCAGCUAAUCACAGGCGACGACGUAGGUUUCGGACCUGUUCAACAGCGUUUUGCAACACUCCCUAUUAGAGAUGGAGGCUUAGGUGUCUAUACGAUGGCAAGCACAAGUUUAUUCACAAGCCUGCAAUUUGUCACCCUCCUCUUUCAACCUUAAAGAAACUUCCCCCCAUCCCAUGAACUUUCUGGAAGUUAGAUACUUUGAGGUUGUUAAGAGGGAGUUGCCUUUGCAGUUUUCAUUGUUAGACCGGGAAGCAUAUCUAUGGCAGUCGGCAGAGCAACAAAAUGGACCAUGCCUUAGAUUUUCUAAAAGCAAUACCUAUCUCUGGGCUUAAUCAGUCCGUUGGGCCGAGACAAUUCCGUGUUAUACUCGAAUACAGGUUAGGUAUUCCCCUCUUUGAAGCUGAUACCUUAUGCACUGUUUGUGACAAACCCAUGGACUUCUACUGUGACCAUGCACUACAUUGUGCUAAAGAAGUUGGACUCAAAUUCCGGCAUGAUAUGGUUCGAGAUGUCUUUGUCGAUAUUUGUUAUAAAGCCGGAGUUGCA